CCGUUUUCUGCCCUUCAAAUGACACUGCUUCUGUGGUAAUCAUAGCGUACGGAUCUUUUUCAUUUGCACAACAACCGACAUGAGUAAAAUUGGAAUUAACGGAUUCGGCCGUAUCGGUCGUCUCGUACUUCGGGCUUCCGUUGAAAAAGGUGCCCAGGUUGUUGCAGUCAAUGAUCCUUUCAUUGGAUUGGACUACAUGGUAUACAUGUUCAAAUAUGAUUCUACUCAUGGCAAAUUCAAGGGGGAAGUGAAAGCCGAAAAUGGUUGCUUAGUUGUUAAUGGCAAUAAAAUUGCUGUAUUCAGUGAACGUGACCCAAAAUCCAUUCCAUGGUCAAAGGCUGGUGCUGAAUAUGUCGUAGAGUCAACCGGUGUCUUCACUACUAUUGACAAGGCUUCCGCUCAUUUGGAAGGUGGUGCUAAGAAAGUCAUUAUUUCUGCACCAUCUGCUGAUGCACCUAUGUUUGUUGUUGGUGUUAACUUAGAUGCUUAUGACCCAAGCUUCAAAGUCAUCUCCAAUGCUUCUUGUACUACCAAUUGCCUAGCUCCCCUUGCUAAGGUUGUCCAUGAUAAUUUCGAAAUUGUUGAAGGUCUUAUGACUACUGUACAUGCUAUCACAGCUACCCAGAAGACUGUUGACGGUCCCUCUGGCAAAUUGUGGCGCGAUGGACGUGGCGCUGCGCAAAACAUUAUUCCUGCUGCCACUGGAGCAGCCAAAGCUGUCGGCAAAGUCAUUCCAGCUCUUAACGGAAAGCUAACUGGUAUGGCUUUCCGUGUACCAGUACACAAUGUAUCUGUUGUCGAUUUGACGGUUCGACUUGCCAAACCUGCAACCUACGAUGCUAUUAAAGCUAAGGUGAAGGAAGCCGCUGAAGGACCUUUGAAAGGCGUUUUAGGAUACACAGAAGAUGAGGUAGUGUCUUCUGAUUUCAUUGGUGAUAACCACUCCAGUAUUUUUGAUGCUAAGGCCGGCAUACCUUUGAACGACAAUUUCGUUAAAUUAAUUUCGUGGUACGACAACGAAUACGGUUACUCUAACCGCGUGGUUGAUUUAAUCAAGUACAUACAAACAAAGGACAACUAAACAGUUUUUCACAUGCCCAUGUGUAAUACACUCAUGAAUUUGUCCAUAUGAUGUAUAUUGUUGCAUGGAUACUUCAGAUUAAAUAACAUUAUGUCUAGCCAGUAGCUUUUUGAAACAAAAGUCAAAGAUAUAAAAGAAAAAGGGUACUUUAGCAUACAUAUGUUCUUGCACAGGUAAUGCAACUACAACCAAUGUUGUAUAGACAUCUGUCGCCAAAAUCAGUACAAAAUAAGUAGACUAGGAUUUGUUAUAACACUCAAAUUUCGGUUUACAGUUUUCAAAUCUAUUCGUUAUUGAUAUAAAAAUAUAGUUGCAAGUAGAACAUACACGUAUGUAAGGUACACGGCCAACUGUGUAACAUAAAUUAUUGUAUUUUUGUGUUGUAUCAUAUAAAUGCAAGUAAUAUAUGUUACAACUAUCCGAUUUAUAUUCAUUCUAUCAACAUUCGCAAAAGGGGCAUAAAAAUAUUUAUGAUUCCUUUUUGUAACAUUAAUAUUAUUUAUCACUCAUUGACACCAAUAAAAAUUGUUAUGAAACUAA